AUGGAAUCAGAGUUCAUCGCUUUGGACAAAGCAACUGAAGAAGCAGAGUGGCUUCGCCAGUUUGUUGAGAAUAUUCCAAGAUGGUCAAAGCCUAUGCCUGCAAUUUGUGUUUAUUGCGAUAAUCAAUCAGCAAUUGGUAGGUCUCGAUACUUUCCUGUGGUUUAUGCCAGAGCUGCCACAGAGAAGUCUAUUCAUGACUUCACUGUAAAGGAUGUUGAUGGGAAGGAAGUCUCCCUCAGCAAAUUUAAAGGAAAGGUUCUCCUAAUUGUGAAUGUUGCUUCAAAAUGCGGUUUAACAUCAUCAAAUUACACAGAACUUUCUCAUCUUUACGAGAAGUACAAAACUCAAGGAUUUGAAAUUCUAGCUUUCCCCUGUAAUCAGUUUGGUGGCCAAGAGCCAGGAUCAAAUCCAGAAAUUAAGCAGUUUGCAUGCACAAGGUUUAAAGCGGAAUUCCCAAUCUUCGACAAGGUUGAUGUGAAUGGACCCAGUACAGCACCAGUUUAUCAGUUCUUGAAGUCAAGUGCUGGAGGAAUUUUAGGUGAUUUGAUUAAAUGGAAUUUUGAGAAAUUCCUAGUGGACAAAAAUGGUAAAGUGGUUCAGAGAUACCCACCAACAACAUCGCCUUUUCAAAUAGAGAAGGAUAUUCAGAGUCUUGUUGCAGCAUAAAGGUUUCGACUAGCAUUUGCUUGUGUUGUGAAAAUUCGCCAUGGUUAUCUCAGGAUAUGCAGUGGUUGCUGUUCUAAGUUUUUCUGUACAUAGCGUACAUCUAGUACAAUGUGUUGCUGCGAUAGUCUGAUAUAUAUAUAUAUAUUGAGAGAGAAAGAGAGAGAGGUUCUAAACUUUGAAAAAUUGAGAAUGUAUAUUAUCCUCUGUUUCUUGUAAAUCUUAAAGAGAAGAUUUAUUUAAAUAAAUUCCCCCUAACAUGA